UAGAUUUAUCACUGGAUUUUGCCUGGGAGCCUGUUUGAAUGCACAGCAGCAGCCCUGACAGAAAAUGUCAAAGUUCCCAUGGUGUUACAGAAAUCCUGUUCUGAGCUCUGAUUGAGGGAAGUUUCUUCCGCUGCGGUUGGAACUUGACACUGGCCUGGGGCUGUACCUUCUGCCGCUGGAGAAGGAGAGCACGGAAGUCUGUGAGCUGGGCGGAGUACAGGAUCAAGCAGCAACGCCAUGUCAGACUACUGCAAGCGGCUGGAAAAGGACACACAGUUUCUAACGAGUGAAGGAACACUGAAUGAAAAAUUGGUGGACAGAAUAGUUCUUCAUCUGUAUAGAAUCUAUCCCCAAAUUCUGAAUAAUACAGAAGCUGAAAUGUUCAGAAAUGUAAAUACUCCAGUAUGUGUAAGAAUAUCUGAGCUCCUCCUUCAUCUGCAGACCAAAAGCAACAGAGCAUGUAAAGAAUUUUACAAUGCUUUGGAGAUAAAUGAUGUGCACAUCUACAAAAACCUACCAAGCAAAUCUGUGGCCAGAACAAUAAGACCGGUGGGAUUGGAUAUGUACAGUAGAGAGAAAUACAUACUCAAUGACAGGGGUCCUGUGUUUUUUCUGGCUUGUUUCAGUAUGGCAGCAGGAUUGGCUUUCCUGCUGUAUUACUGUAAAGAAGAUAUUAAGUUUGAAAGUGCUGCUAAGAAGAUCAUAGGUUUCUCUUCUCUUGGUGUUGGAAGACGAGCUAGAAGGUAUUUGUUAGCAUACGUUGAAGACCAGGCAAAGAGGAACUAAAGAAACGGCAGCAGUUCAGCAACUAGCCUGUCUGCCUUCAUAUCAACAAAUGACGGAGAAUACAUAUACUUUUUCAAAAAAGGAUGGUUCUUCUAUCAAAACCAAAGACAGUUAUAUUUAUCUAUUUGUAUUCCAAGUAAAUGUGCUUUCCAGAAAUAUUACUACUUCCUUUCAGCAACAAUGAUUGGCCAUAAACCUGCAAUAGGGUAUUGAAAUAAUCUGGAAGAUCAAGAAAAGCAUGUAGAAUUUAUUUCCUCUUCCCUCCCAAUGCUGGCAGCUAAUAUGUAAAAACAGGGAUUCAGCUAUCCAUCCUAUUAUACUGAAAAUACUGUAAUUGUAAGUUUUAAGCCAACCAUAUUUGUAAAAAAUACUGACACUCAGGAGAAAAAGAAAUGGAGGUUCAUAAAUUUGUACUGAAUGUUAUAUCUUAUUGAACACUCAUGGAAUUGUUCUAGAUUAAUUGAAAACUGCAGGUGUACCCAAAGUGCAAGUGAACUGUCAGGACUAUAUAAAGCAACAUACAAGCAAGUGGCUGUACGAUACUGUCUGCUUGCACAGUAACGGGUAAAAUUAAGAGCCACUCAUAAACCUUACAAAUACCUGAAGUUAUUUCCUAUUGUUGUAAUUCUUUUUUACUGUCAGAAAAUGUUAAUUCAUUGGAACAGAUGAAAGCCUUUUGUAUCACCCGUGUAUUUUUUAACAAAUGAAAAUGACCAAAUUCAUAGUUGUUGGUUUCUCACAGCCGUACUGUAACUACAGUGUGGGGUAACUAUUUGAUAUAUGCUUCCAUCAAAGCUGCCAAAGAUUGUUAAGCUGCACUUUUAGCAGAUUCGACGGGUCUUUGGCUGCGAUGGUAGCAGUGCCUAGAGCAGGGAUUCUUGGUGGUGUGUUGCAGCGACAGAGGCAGUGCCAGGAGUAGGGAGCUCUGCUGGAAUAUGCCUGAAGUGUACAUUCUUGGUGACUUUGUUGUCACUGUACCCGGAGUGGGGACUCCUUGAGACUCGGGACAUCUUGCAGAGCCCUCACAGAAGCUCUGGAGAUGUGUUUGAAAGCCCCUCAAACAGAAGAUGAACUCUAUUUAUGUAAUUUCUUUUUAUUCCUCUUGUAACUCAAAAUGGCACCGGAUUGUGGUGACCAAGCACUUUUCACUCUCUUUCUAGAUAUUUGUGACAAUAGACAACUCCAUACCAUUGCCCAUGCUGUGCAAUGAUGGGAAAACAAGUUGCAUUCUGGAGUCUCACAUAUAGUCCUCAAGGUCAGUUGGCAGUUGAUGGUGGGAGAAGGAGCAGCAAGGAGCUGUGAGCCACUUCCUCACAGGGCAAGCUGCCUUUAUUGUUUCUAAUUAGCUACUUGCAGAACAGCAUUGUUAGUGUGCUGUAAACACACUAAUUCUCAGUUAAUUCUCAGUUCAGAAAUUGUGGCAUAAACUUUAACUCUCUCAGCAGCAUAUCCACUUUCCCUCGUUACUCUCUAAAUGGCCACGUGCAGCUGCCGAGUUGGUGCCCAGUGCAAUCUGGCAGCUCUGACUGGCACAAUUUCUGAUGGUCAGAGACCAGCUUGCCUCGGAAAAAUAUGUUGGACAGAAUCCCAGAACUACAGCCAGAUGUAUAAUUAGAUUUAUAGUCACUGCAGGUCUUAGCAAAAUUUUAUAGCACUUCAUAAAUCACUGAAAGUAAUAACAUUAAAUGGUAAAACUAUAAAAGGUGCAAACAAAGUAUUGUGAUUCAUUAUUAUCGAAAUAGAAUACAAAAGCAGGGAGGUAAUGUUAAAGUGAGUUCAUUGGAUUAUACUUUGAGCACUGUGUGGAAUUCAGCUUUCCAUAUCACAGAAAAGGUUUUGACGUAAUGGAAAAAUGAUGAACAGGUAUUUAGGGAAGUUGAUAAAUUGAAGAGGAUGCAACUGAAAGGUUUGAGCAGACUGGUGCUGUUUUUCUUUGCAAAAGCGAGUCCCUGAUAGUGACCUCUCAAGCUAGCGAAAGGAUUCAAUAGGAUGAAUGUGGAGGAAAAGUUUCUACUUGGGUGGGGUAUGGGAUUGUGAACCUAAGAUAGCCACUGGCAAAUAAUAAUAGGAGUAAUUUCUUCGCACAGUGUGUGCUGAGAAUGUGGAAUAGUUGAAACCAAUGGCUUUGCAUUCAAGUGGAGGCUUGAUGCAUGAUUUGGGGAGGAGGGAAUAGAAGUACUGGGGAAAAUAAUGGAAGGAGGAUCACAUGUAGAUUAAGGAGCAGCAUGGACUAGUUGGACCAAGUAGCCUAUUUGAGUGCUGCUGGCUCUUUGGGCUACAUUUUCAAAUACUGGUCAGGAUAGGCACAGCUAUGCCCUCUGCACUGUCUUUAAAGCCUUGACAAUCUUCUGAAUGUACGGUGUUCAGAAUUGAUCACAAUAUUCCAGCUGAGGCUGAACUAAUGUGGACAUUGUUAUCAUUUCAUAUCAUACUAAUGAUCUUACAAUGUCAGAAAUUUGCAGCUGGGGCAGUUGUAGGGAAGUAGCUUUGUCUACACGCUAAGCAGCUCAGGAGAGCCAUGCACUUGUAAACGAAAUUAUUCUCUGCCACCUAAUAGGAAGACAAAUUAGUUUCAUUGGUGACUGCAUUGCAGAGGGAAGGAGACUGAUUUAUUGAUUUUUUUUCAUUUAUAGGAUGAGGGCAACACUGGCAGGGCCAGUAUUUAUUGCCCAUCUCUAACUGUCUUUCAGAAGAUGGUUGUGGACUACAUUGUACUUGUGGAGCGGGUACUCCAUUGUGCUAAUAAGAAAGGAGUUCCAGGAUUUUGACCCAUCAAAAGUGGAGGAAUAGUGAUAACAGUUGUAAAUCAGGAUGCAGCAUGCAAGAGAAUUUGCAGAAUUUCCCAUGCAUCUGUUGUCCUUGUCUUUCUGGAUGGUAGAGGUUGCAGGUUUGGAAAGUGUUGUCAAAGGAGCUUUGGUGUGGUUCUGCAGUGCAUUAUGUGGGUGACAUGUAUUGCUACUGCUGUGCAUCAGUGGUGGAGGGAGUGAAUGUUUAAGGUGGUGUUUUGGGGCACCAUUCAUCAGUCUGCUUUGUCCUGAACUGUAUCAAGCUUCUUGAUUGUUGUUGGAACUGCACUCAUGCAAGCAAUUGGAAAUAUUUCAUCACUUUCCUGGCUUGUGCCUUGAAGAUGGUGGACAGGCUUUGAUGAGUCAGGAUUUGAAUUGUUUGCCACAAUGACUGGUAUUAGUAGAAGCCUAAGAAUAAUUUGUUUCAAUGCACUUCCAAAAUUGCCACAAUAGGAGGGUAAACUGGAAAGAAAACAUACGAUGUUUUGUAAGCACUUUCUAGUUAUAAUUAGACAUUAGCAUUGCAUUUUCAAUCAUUAGAAAUGUCCCACUACAUAUCCCUCUUAUAAGACACACCUUUGGAUUCUGCUGCUACUUCAUUGCAUUAGGUUAUAACCAUACAACCAAAAUCUCAGGACUGCAUAGCAUUUAGUAGUUCAUUCAUGAUGUUUUUCAGUUCUAUUAUAGCUAAUAGGUACACAGUGACUGGUUUGCAAUUUCUAAUGCUUUGCAUUCCAAAGAAACAAAGAGCCCAAAAGCAUGUGCAUUCUAAAACUGAUAACAAAGUGUGGAGCUGGAUGAACACAG